AAUUUUCUGCAGUUUUAGCAAAACAGCCAGAAGGUACUGUAGGAUUUUUCGUUAUAAAUACUACAUAUUCUUCAAAUGCUAUUAAUGAAGCAAGUAAUUCAAAACAACAGAUUAUUCUUUGUUCUAAAGAAAAUGUAGUUGAAAAAAUUAAAUCUACAAAAUUACAAUUAGAAAACAAAGAGUUGAAAAAAAAUUCAUUUGAAUUAGAUGAUGUUGUAAUAGAAAAUCUUGAAAAUGAUUCAGAAGAUACUACUGUUUAUUUGUUUGAUAUAAAAAUUGAAGGAAACUGUAAAAUUGGAGCCUUGAGAAUUAAACAAGCACUAAGUCGAUUAAAAAGGAAAUGUCCUAAACAAAUGAUUUUUAAUUUAAUAAUUAACAAAAUAAGUGCUAUUGGUGUUGGGAAAUCAACUUUUGGAGAAAAAUUUAAGAGUUAUUUGGAAGAAAAGAGAUAUAGAGUUUAUCGACCACUUGAAGCAUCUCUUUUUCUUGAAGAUGAAUUAAAACUCUUUUGCAAAGAUUCAAAAAAUAAUGCUUUGUUUUUUCAAUAUGCAAAUCUUAAUUUUUACAAGAAGCAAACUGCGGAACUUAGUGUGAUUGGUUCAUAUGAUUUUAUAAUACUAGAUCAAACACAUAUUGAUACUGAAGUUUUCACAUUAAUGAAUACUCAAGACAAAGAAAUUAUCGAAUUUUUGGAGAAGAAAAGACAAGAAAUUAAAAUAGAAAAUAUCAACAAG